UACGGGCUCCCUCCGCCCGCCCACACCCCUCACUGCCCGCCCCCUCGCCUGACUCAUCCAACCGCUGGGGCCCUGCCGGGAGUCCGCUGUCUGAGCCCCGCCGGGAUGGGGAGAAGGACGGUGACUUCCCACGGUUGCCCAGAUACCUGCUGAACCCCUUGACCCAGCCGCCUGCCUCCUCCAUUCUCUGGGGGAGGCACCCCAAGUCCCAGCAGCUCUUGGAGAGAGAGACCCUGGAGAGGCGACCUGGCCGGUGGGACUCAGCACUCAGGACAGGACAGACAGAAAUUGAAAGAAGAGAGGGAGAUAGACUGGGGGAGAGAAAUAGGCCUGCAGAACUGCAUUACCACUUGGAAAGCAUCCCCCUACAGAAAAAAAGACGGCAUCAUGAUAGCAACUGGUGGAGUGAUAACUGGGCUGGCUGCCUUGAAAAGGCAAGACUCUGCGAGAUCGCAGCAUCAUGUCAACCUUAGUCCAUCGCCUACUAAUGAAGAGAAGAAACCAGUCAGGCGUCGACCUAGGGCUGAUGUCGUCAUUGUUCGUGGAAAAAUUCGACUUUAUUCUCCAUCUGGUUUUUUCCUAAUCUUAGGAGUACUCAUCUCCAUUGUAGGAAUUGCAAUGGCAGUCCUUGGAUAUUGGCCCCAAAAAGAACAUUUUAUUGAUGCAGAGACAGCAUUGUCAACAAACGAAACCCAGGUCAUUCGGGACCAAGAUGGUGUGGUGGUUCGCUUCUUUGAGCGACAUUUACACUCUGACAAGAUGAAAAUGCUUGGCCCUUUCACAAUGGGGAUUGGAAUUUUCAUUUUCAUUUGUGCCAAUGCCAUUUUGCAUGAGAACCGUGACAGAGAAACCAAAAUUAUACACAUGAGGGAUAUCUAUUCCACAGUCAUCGACAUUCACACAUUAAGAAUCAAGGAGCAGAAGCACAUGAAUGGCAUCUACACUGGUUUGAUGGGUGAAACAGAAGUAAAGCAGAAUGGGAGCUCCUGUGCUUCCAAACUAGCAGCAAAUACCAUCGCCUCUUUCUCGGGUUUUCGGAAUAGUUUUCGAAUGGACAGCUCUGUUGAGGAGGAUGAACUUGUUCUAAAUGAAAACAAGAGUUUGGGGCAUCUUAUGCCCCCUUUGCUGUCUGACAGUUCUGUGUCUAUCUUUGGUCUGUACUCACCACCUUCCAAGACAACUGAUGACAAAAACAGUGGACCUAAGAAAUGUGAGACCAAGUCAAUUGUGUCAUCUUCCAUCAGUGCUUUUACAUUGCCUGUGAUCAAACUCAAUAACUGUGUUAUUGAUGAACCCAGUGUAGAUAACAUCACUGAGGAUGCUGAUAACCUCAAAAGUAGGUCAAGGAAUUUGUCAAUGGAUUCCCUUGUGGUCCCUUUGUCCAAUAACAAUGAAUCUUUCCAAUCAAUCAGCACUAUGCUACCAAGGAAUAAUUCUGUUGGGGAGUCACUGUCAAGUCAGUAUAAGUCCUCUGUGGCCCGUGGAGCUGGAACUAGUCAUCUCUUGUCUCCUGGGGCUGCUCGAAGACAAUUUGGAUCCAAUACAUCCUUGCAUUUGCUCUCAUCACAUUCAAAAUCCUUAGACUUAGAGCGUGGCUCUUCCACCCUAACUGUUCAAGCAGAACAAAGAAAACAUCCAAGUUGGCCUCGCUUGGAUCGAAGCAACAGUAAAGGUUAUAUGAAACUAGAGAACAAAGAGGACCCCAUGGAGAGGUUGCUUGUGCCUCAAGCUGUAAUCAAGAAAGAUUUUACCAAUAAGGAGAAGCUUCUUAUGAUUUCAAGAUCUCACAAUAAUUUGAGUUUUGAACAUGAUGAAUUUUUGAGUAACAACUUAAAAAGAGGAACUUCAGAGACAAGAUUUUGACAUAAAAGUAUUUAAUUUUACAAGGCUAUAUAUUUUCACUAGUAUUUCCUUGUUAAAGGAUUGGUUGUACAUCUUUUUAAUUAAAUGAUUUGUAAUGUGUUAGAACUGGUUGCUUAAUUCUGUAAGGGGACGGUUUUUUGCUUGGGUUAAUUAUGAGUGAAGUACUCUAUAUUAUCACAUAUGAUUUCCCCCUUCCUUUUGAGAGCAUAAUCUAUUUUAUUCAUAUAAAUACAAAAUAACUCCAUCUGAAUUACAGUUUUUUCUUUUACUUUUAAUUUCUUUUACUAGUGGUCAUAUUCAUAGAAUGAAGUGUCUACUUUGGAAAAGACUGGAUACCAAAGUGUGAAUUAGAAAUACCUACUAGAAGUACUGAAACGAGGUCCUAUACUCAAUCUAUACUUAUAAAUGAGAGAAUGCAAACUUUGAUGUGAUCAUCUGAAUAAAUGUUUUUACAUAGGAAUGGCUAAGUAUUUGUAUAAGAAAUAUCUAACCAUUAAAUGGUUAAAAUAUUUAAAAGGAAAAAGAUUUGUCUUGGUGUAUGCUAAAUAGUGUAAGCUGGUUAAAUUGGCUUAGUUCUCUGUGUUAAUUGACAUAAAUUAAUUAAGAUGUUUAUGAAUCCUACACUAAACUCUAAGUGGGUAGUAUUUUUUCAACAUUCAUUUUAUUUUCAUGAUAUUUUAUCAAGAAAUUAUGUAUUCAAGAGCCACAACCGAGAAUGCUAGAUAUUCUUAAUGGUAAAAAAUGCUAUUAGCUAUAUCUUGAAAUAUUCAGAAUUAAAAUUUCUUUACAACUCACUUGAAAAUGAACCAGUUUAGUUUAUAAAAAUACUACCUUGAGGUAUAUACAUGAAGAAAAUGUUGACUAAUGAAUAAAGAUACAUUGUAUGCUGGUUAAUACUAACUAGUCUUAGUACUUUUUCUUAGUUAUCUUUCUUAUCUUCUAUUAAUAUCUUUUCGUUACCACCUCCUGUUUUUCCCACAUAUGUUUGGAAAAAUGAGCUAACCUUGACUUUUCUUUUUAUCUCUGCAUAUCACUAUCUUGGUAGUUCAAGGAAACUUAGUCCUUGAUAAAUUGCCUUGAGAUUUAAUUUACCUUGUGAUAGAAAAACCUUAUUAUAAUAAUUCCAAAGAUUUUUAUGGUGUAGUACAUUUUUAGUUUUGUGACUCUCAUUUAUUGAAGAUAAUAAAUGUUAAACUGAUACUUCAAUUAGACAUGUCCACGUUUUCUAUUAAGGAAACAUGUAAUCUUAAAAAUUAUUGAAAUUCUCAGGAAAUUUUACAGGUUUUUUUUCUCAAUGCCUACAUAUUUCUAAAUGUCAGCAUUAUAGUUACUAAGGAAAAGGAAAAUAUUUUGUAUCUGUAGUUCUCCAAACUUUCACCUUGUGUUGGCAUCCUAAGCUUUCAUGAAUUAAAGCAAAGUCCUUGUUAGAACAUCAAGGCUGUGUGUUGUAAUAGAAUGGGUUCACUAUUUUACUAUGAAGCAUUGAAUAAACUUCUGUUGUUAAUAGAA